UACAAGCCCCAGCGGGCUGCGACGGAACGCGCCCAGGAACACCGGGCCCCCAGCUCGGGCCAGCGCCGGAGGAUCAUCCACAGGGCUAGAUGGCUGCGUCGGGGGCGGGAGCGGAGGUGAGCGGGCGCUAGGGCCGUGCGCCCCCGCCGGCCCUUCCUCCAGCGCUCUGUGGACCCCGCAGAAGGCGCUCGCCUUCCUAGCCCGCAAAGGCGUAAUCGAUUUUUCUCGCUGUGGCAACGGGGAUGUCCCGAAAGAUCCUCUGCUCCGAUAGGGAACUUCGGCCUUCCCUGGCCUGACCUGGAACCUCUCGGAGGGCUGCAGAGUAAGUGCCGCCUCUGCGCUCUGACGGAGGCACGAGGCCUGCGGAAUAGGUCCCUCUGUUCCGACAGGUGCGACACUUAGCGCUCCAUGCCUGCGGGCUCCGGGAGGCAUGGCCUCCCCCAGGGCCGCCACCUCUGCUGGUUGCUCUGUGCUUUCACCUUAAAGCUCUGUCAAGCAGAGGCUCCCGUGCAGGAGGGGAAGCUGUCAGCGAGCACCUCAAAUUUGCCAUGCUGGCUGGUGGAAGAGUUUGUGGUAACAGCAGAGUGCUCUCCAUGCUCUAAUUUCCAGGCUAAAACUACCCCUGAGUGUGGUCCCACAGGGUAUGUAGAGAAAAUCACAUGCAGCUCAUCUAAGAAAAUUGAGUUCAAAAGCUGCCGCUGAGCUUUGAUGGAACAACACUUAUUUUGGAAGUUCGAAGGGGCUGUUGUGUUUGUGGCCCUGAUCUUCUCUUGUCUUGUCAUCAUUCGUCAGCGACAACUGGACAGAAAGGCUCUGGAAAAGGUCCGGAAGCAAAUUGAGUCCAUAUAGCUACAUUCCACCCUCUUAUCCUGGGUCUUAGAGACCCAAUCUCAGACAGUGAAAGUGAAAUGGACUGAUUUGCACUCUUGGUUCUUUGAAGGCUUGUGGUGGAAUCCCCCUUUCCCCGUCGUCUUCUUUCAGAUCAUUAAUGAGCAGAAUAAAAAGAGUAAAAUGGUUUCCUUCCCUUCUGUAACUUGGAGCAGGAAGUCAUGGGAGCAGAGAGGGAAAGGAGGUGGCUACUUAAGGCCCCAAUCUACCAAGUCUUCCCCACUACUUCUCCCUUGUUUUCCCCCUCUUCUACCACUUAUUUCAGACUUCUGGGAUACAAUUUCAGUUAAAACGUUUAUUUAUCACUCAAAACUUAUUUCCCCUCAACCCUAUCCCCAAAGAAGAAAUAAAAUCAUAGAUACAUAACAAAA